UGGCAUCACUAAAAAACUUUCGGUCGAACGCGGUCACGUCGCGCAUCGUUGUAAAAUUGAAACAAAGAUUCGAGUGCCGACGCCAAAACUAUGUGAAAUAAUAGUGGUUCGAAUUAAAGCCUGUGCGAGAGGUGUGAUAGGUAAAUAAAAGUGUGUGUUAUUCGUAAAAUCAAAUACAUAUCAAGUUAAUUGAGGAAGUUUCCUUCCCCCUCAUCCCCGCGCGCGUGUGUGUGUUUGUUAAGAGUGUUGUUCGCCGCGCGGCAAAAGGAGGGAGCGAAAGAAGUAAACAAAAACGUGCGACAAUACCACAAAAAUGCAAAGUUAUAUGAAAAUCUGAAUAAAAGGUUAACGAAAAGUGCUAUUCCCGGCUGCGCGAGUGGUUAGUGUAUUUUUUUGAGGCACAAAGGAGAGAAAGCAAUAGUAAAAGAAACGGAAAGACAGCAGCACCGGCAACUGGAGAAGCAGCGAGGAGCAAGAGCGUGCGGCAAGAUGCCGGCGACAGCGAAUGUGUGGGUGUUGUUGUUGUUGUGCUGCUGCUUGUUCGUCGCCGUCGUUGUGGAUAGCAGUAAAUUGCAGGAGCAGCAACAGGAGUCCUCCACGAAGAAACCCUCGGCUGAGAAAGCAGCGACAGUCCUGCUGGGUCCCUAUUGCAACGAGGGACAAUUCCAUUGCGCGCCGAGCCUCAAAUGCAUACCCGAAACCUGGCGCUGCGAUGGGGAGUAUGACUGUGGCGACGGGGACUUAACCGAUGAAGUGAACUGUACCGAUGCUCAGGCACUCCAGUGCCGCGUUUUCGAGGGAGAAUGCCACAAUGGGGAAUGUCUGGAGCUGUCGCGCUUCUGCGAUGGCCACUGGGACUGUGAUAGCGAUGAGCUGCAAUGUGAUAAACAAGACGCUGCCUGCGCAGCCAUGAACUGCAGCUACAACUGCAAGCUGACGCCGCAUGGUCCGCGCUGCUAUUGUCCCGGGGGUCAGGUCCCGGAGUCGAUGAACUCCACAAGGUGCGUGGAUCACGACGAGUGCCAGGAGUUGGGCACCUGUGACCAGCUCUGCCGCAACACACCCGGCUCCUACGAGUGCUCCUGCGUCUCGGGCUACGACAAGAUUAAGGGCGGACGCUGUCGGGCCAUCAAUGUACCCACUGCCGAGCCAGCCACGCUGAUGCUCUUUUCCAAUGGAUCCAUACUGCACAUAUCUCUGCUGGAGCUCCCAUCGAAUGCGAGUAAGGAGGAGGCAACGAGAGGAUUGCUUGCCACGCUGACAAUGCCCCAGGCGCAGGCCUUCGAGGUGUGGCACCGAAACCGGACAAUCUGCGCCCUUCACAGCAGCAGGCACGAGCUGCGUUUGCACUGCCAGCGCAUCGAUGAACCCAAAGACAAUUGGACGCUGCCCUUUUCCCCGCUCAUCUCCCCCAAGCAAUCAUUUUUGGAGCUGCAUCUCGACUGGAUAACUGGUAAUUGGUAUCUGCUGAACAAGGACGUGUUCUUCUGCACGAAUACGAUGACCUUUUGCCGUCAGAUACUGCAGCAAGUGAAGGAUCCCGAAUCGCUGGCCCUGGACCCCACCAAGGGCUACAUGUUCUACACGGAUCGUACGCCCAGUUUGUCCCGCUCCCUGCUGGAUGGCAGCAAUCGCACCGCUUUGGUCACCGCGCACAUCUAUCAUCCGAAUACCGUGUGCCUCGAUCUGGCCAAUCAGCAUGUCUACUGGGUGGACGUCUACGAGGAUGUGAUCGAGCGUGUCGACUACGAGGGCCAGCAUCGUUGGACCCUCAAGAAGUUCCCACACUCCCCUGUGCUGCUGAGGAGCCUGCAGGCCAUCGAGGUGUUUGAGAACACAAUUUAUUUGUCGCCCUGGACGGGCAAUGUCAUCGUCAGCCUCGACAGAUUCACCCACAAGAGCCAACUGCUGCGACGGAAUGUGACGCGAGCGACAAAUUUUCGUAUUUACCAUCGCCAGAAGCAGCCCGAGGUGGCGCAUCCGUGUCGCGAGAACAAUGGCGACUGUAAUCAGAUCUGUGUGCCUAUGUGGACGCGGGGAUUUGCCAGCGCCAAGUGCCUGUGCACGGCCGGCUAUAAAUUGCACAAUCAGACGACCUGCCUGCUGGCCGCCCACGACAAAUUCCUGGUGUACAGUGAUACGCGAUUGGGCCGCAUCACUGGUGUGCCCCUGGGCACGGAGCAGGUGCAGCAGCUGGAGCAGCUCGGCGAGCAGCCCGAUUUGAUGGUGCCCAUUUACAAUGCGUCCAUUGGCCAGACCAUCGAUGUGAAUGUGCGGGGCAAGUCGGUGUUCUAUGUGGUGCGCGAUGCCAUCGAUCUGGAUUCAAUGGAUGUGGAAUUUGAGCCCAGUUUCAGCAUCAAGUGUCAGUCACUGAAUGGCAGUGUGUCCCGUCAGCUGGCCCAUGGCCUCCAGCGGGUGCAUGCCAUGGCCUACGAUUGGAUCAACGAUCACUUAUAUUGGGCCACCAAUCUUCAGCUGCAUGUUGCACCGCUCCGAAACAUGAGCAAAGUGCUGACAUUUGCCACCGAGUGCGAUGCAAUGUCCAUUGAACUGGAUCCCAACACGGGACUGCUGUACUGGUCGCAAUGGUCCAUUCAGACCUGUGUGGCGGGCAUCUACAGUACCUGGAUGGAUGGCACGCACAAGGAGCUGCUGGCCAAGGGCACCACCGAGAUGGCAAUGCAUUGGCCGCGCAGCCUCGAUGUGGAUCGACGUGGCAAGCGCAUCUAUUGGUGCGACUCGCUGCUCGGGACCAUUGAGCGCAUGAAACUGGAUGGCACGUCACGGGAAGUGCUCUUCCAGUCGGAUCAGUUCCAUCCCUACUCUAUGGUGCAGCACAACGGCAUGAUCUAUUGGGUGGGCACCAGGAACUCGAGCAUCUGGCGCUUCCAUGUGCAUCAUGGCAAUCAGACGAGCACGUUCAGCUCCACGGUGCAUCUGCAGACGAGUGGACUGUCGGCGGAUCUGCGAGUCUUUGAUGUGGCCACGCAACCGCUGCCACAGACACCCAGCGCCUGCUCGCAGUCCAAGUGUCCGGGCAUGUGUCUGAAUACGCCCAAAGGAGCGAUAUGCCGCUGUCCGGAUGGUUUCACCCUCAACGGAACUGGCACCCAUUGCAUACCACAGCUGGCGCCUUCAACGGUGGCCGCUCCGGGGCGUCGCAACUGCUCGUCGGCCUUCCAGUGCCGCAAAUCGGGUGAUUGCAUCGACAGCAAGGAUCUGUGCGACGGUUUCGAUGACUGCAGCGAUGGCAGCGACGAGAGCAGCGAUGCGACGGGCCCCUGCAAUCCCCAGAACUGCGACAAGGAUCACAAUUUUGUGUGCAACGGGCGGUGCUAUCAGCGUUCGCUGCUCUGCAGCUCCAUUGCCUACUGCUCGGACGGCUCGGAUCAGGCGAACUGCGAGCACAGCACCUGCAACAGCAACGAGUUCACCUGCGCCAAGAGCGGACGCUGCAUACAGAUGACGUGGGUCAACGAUGGCGUCGUUGACUGUGGCCCCGACGACAACUCAGACGAGUCGUCGGAGAUUUUCUUUGGCAGCAAGUGCCCGGAAUUUGACUGCGGCAACGGGCGGUGCCGUCAAUUUACCGACGUGUGCGACGGCAUCGACAAUUGUGGGAACAACAUUGAUGAAUUUGGCUGCGAUCAGGAGUGCGGACAUGGCGAAAAGUAUUGCCGGCCCAUCGGCUGCUAUGGGGAGAUGCACAUGUGCGAUGGCAUCCACGACUGUGAGGACUUUAGCGACGAGGCCAACUGCAAUCAGACCAAGAGCGACAAUCACCCAGUGAGCGGAUGGAAGGAGCUCGGAGAGUGUGCAGCCUUUGAGUUUGCCUGCCAAGAUCCAUUCGAGUGCAUACCGGACUUCCUGCGCUGCGACGGCAUACCGCACUGCUACGACAAGACGGACGAGUCCAACUGCACGACGAUACACGCGACAAAGUUCGACAUGAACGAGACGGUGAUCUGUGAGCAUCCGGAUCGAGUGUGCGGCUUCUCCAGGCAGUGCAUAUCCGUGGCACAGCUGUGCGACGGCAAGAACGACUGCGAGGACACCACCGACGAGGGUUUUCUGUGCGCCGAUAAGCUGUGCGAGCAUGGCCACGAGUGCUCCCACAACUGCCACAACACGCCCGAGGGCUACAUCUGCUCCUGCCCGGAUCAUCUGUUCCUGCAGCCGAAUGGCAAGCGCUGCAACAUGCAGCAUGCCUGCGAUCACUGGGACACCUGCUCCCAGGUGUGCCAGACCAACGGCAAGGGCUACGACUGUCGGUGCUUGGAGGGUUUCGAUCUCGCUUACGACAAAUUCACCUGCAAGAGCACCGCACCCGACGAAGCGUUCGUGAUAUUCACCAAUCGGCAGGACAUUAAGGGCAUCAACCUGAAGACCAUGGCUGUGGGCACGUUGUACACGUCGCUAAGGAACAUCAUUGCCCUGGACUUUCUGUACAGCAACGAGUCGAGUGUGGAGAUCUACUGGACGGAUGUGAUCGAUGACAAGAUCUACAGGGGAGAGCUGGUGGGCGAGAGUCUGCGCAAUGUGGAGGCUGUCAUCCAUUCGGGCCUCUCCACCACCGAGGGACUGGCCGUUGACUGGGUGGGCAAGAAUCUCUAUUGGAUCGACUCGAAUCUGGACCAAAUCGAGGUGGCCAAACUGAACGGCAGCUUCCGGCGCACCCUCAUUGCGGGCAACAUGGAGAGUCCACGUGCCAUAGCGCUGGAUCCACGCGAGGGCCUGCUCUUCUGGACCGACUGGGAUGACAAUUCACCGAGGAUCGAGCGGGCGUCGAUGGCUGGCGAGGGCAGACGCAUCAUAUCCACCAGCUGGCAGCUGAGCACCGGCUGGCCCAACGGCCUGACCCUGGACUUUACGCAGAAGCGUGUCUACUGGGUGGAUGCCAAGUCCAAGUCGAUCAGCAGCAUCAAGUACGAUGGCUCCGAGCAUCAUGUGGUGCUCCGGCAGCCGGACAUACUCUCCCAUCCGUUUGCCAUAUCGGUCUUUGAGAAUUACGUUUACUGGACGGAUUGGCGGACUACGUCUGUGAUUCGUGCCAACAAGUGGAACGGCAGCGAUGUGCAGGUGCUGCAGCGCACCCAAUCCCAGCCAUUUGGCAUACAGGUGCUCCACUCCAGUCGCCAGCCAUGGGAGCGAAAUCCCUGUGGCGACAACAACGGCGGCUGCUCGCAUUUGUGCCUGCUCAGCGGCAGGGGAACCUUCAAGUGCGAGUGUCCGCACGUGAUGCGACUGGAUCCGAGCGAUGAGCGCAAUUGUGUGCCCAAUGAGGAGGUGCUGCUCUUUGUGAUUUUCGAUGAGAUACGUGGCAUUGAUCUACAGCAGCCAAAUCAUCAUACAAUCCCCACCAUACGGCAAUCCCCAAGGCUAGUGGCACCGCAACGCAUUGAUUUCCUGGUGGACGAGGGGCGCAUCUUUUGGUCGGAUAUUCAGCAAAAUGAAAUAUCCAGCGCUGGCAUAUCCAAUGGCCUCAUCGAACCCAUCAUCAAUACAAACAUCGAGAAGCCCUAUGGCUUUGCCAUCGAUUGGAUAGCCAGGCACAUGUACUUCUCCUCGGGCCAGAUCCGUUGCAAUAUACUCGCAAGCAAUCUAAAGGGCGAGUAUGUCGCGCACAUUCACGAGGAUCUCAAUAUGGUGGAUAGCAUUGUCCUCGAUCCAGCCAAUGGAAAAAUGUAUUGGCUUCAUUCUGCACCGGAUGCCAGCUUGUGGCAAUUGGAGCAAUCGAAUCUGGAUGGCUCGGGCCGACUGCUGAUCUAUGAGCACGAGAAUGCGCUGCAGAGUCUCACCAUGGACUUUGAUUCGCAGCGACUGUACUACGCUUACGAUAACUCGGGCAUUGCGUACUACGAUAUACCCAGGAAUGAAACGCACAAGGUGCUGGUGGCCAGCCAGAUAACGUCCAUCAGUUCGCUGACCGUGUACAAUGGCACCCUGUACUUUCCCGAGAACAUUCAGAGCGUGAUUAUGCACUGCGAGAAGGAGGCCUGCUCCAACAUGUCCUUCCUGAGGGUCAACACAAAGAGCAUUCAGAGCAUGAAAAUGUUCUAUGCGGAUGCCCAGACAGGCACCAACACCUGUGCCGGACCCCUGCGCGGUGGCUGUGAGCAUUUGUGCCUGGCCACUUCCGCCACGGAGCAUGUCUGCCGCUGUGCCCUUGGCUAUGAUGUGGAGCCACAUAACCCCACACGUUGCAUACCGCGGGCAGAGUUCAUCUUCUACUCGAUUGAUGUGCUGCAAGGCGUGGAGAUUACUGAUCCAGCGGAUCAGCCAACGCCACCAAAAUCGGCUUUGGUGCCCAUUUCGCGGGUCAGUUCAGCGAGCUUCAUCGACUACCAUGCCGCCACGGACACUCUGUAUUGGGGCGACAAUGAGGUGGGCAGCAUUUCGCGUGUGAAGCGCGACGGAACACAGAGGGAGACCAUUCUGGAGGCCAUCAAUCUGGCGGGGUACAAGCAACAGGACUGGCUGGGCGGCAUUGCCAUCGACUGGGUGGCUGGCAACAUCUACUGGAGCGACACGAAGCGCAAUCUGAUCGAAGUGUCGCGCCUGGAUGGCAGCCAUCGGUAUGUGGUGGUCUCCAAUGUGGAGAAGCCCACCUGCCUCGCCGUGGAUCCGCUGCAGGGGCUGCUCUUCUAUGUGACACAGCAGCACAUUGGACGUGUUGGCCUCGAUGGCAGUCAGCCGUUUGUGCUGGUCAACCAGACGCGCACCAAUUGGGCGGUAGGCAGCCUCGUCCUGGACAUUGAGGCCACCAAGGUGUACUGGUGCGAACAGCAUCCGGAUGCCCUCAUGAAGGUCGACUACGAUGGCAAUCUGCGCCAGCAGCUACUCAACGAGACGCUCAACAAUCCGGUAGCACUGGCCAAGAUGGGGGACUAUCUGUAUUGGGCGGAGAACAUGUACAACGAGGGAGCCAUCCGAGUGGCACCGCUCUCCAAUCUCACGCAAUCGAAGCUCGUGCUGCAGACGGAGCAGGAUGCCAUACGAGACCUGAAGAUCUACUCGAAGCGCAUCCAACGGGGCAGCAAUCCGUGUGAGCAGAGCAACGGCGGCUGCGAGCAGCUGUGCCUGUACAAUGGCACCAGUGUGGUGUGUGCCUGUGCGCACAGCCACCUGGCAGCGGACGGGCUGAGCUGCGAGCCGUACGAGAACUUUCUGCUGUUCAGCUACCGCAGCAACAUCGAGAGCAUCCACAUGACGGAGCACGCGAACAAGAACUGGCCCGUGCAGCUCAUCUCGAACACGAGCAUGAUGCGCAACGUCAUUGCCAUUACGUACAACUACGAGGAGCAGUUGGUCUACUACUCGGACGUGCAGCUGAGCACCAUCAAUCAGGUGCACUUCAAUGGCAGCGGACAGCGCGUGCUCGUCGCACAGCAGGGACGUGUGGAGGGCCUAGCAUACGACAUUGUCAACGAACAGCUCUUCUGGACAUCCAACAAUGAUGCGGCAGUGCGUAGCCUCGAGCUGAUACAUCUCUCCCAGCGGCCGGAGCGGAAUCUGCAGCAUGUGAAGACCGUGCUGAGUCUGCAGCCAAAGGACAAGCCGCGCGGCAUCACCGUGGAGCCCUGCCUGGGUAUGAUUUACUGGACAAACUGGAACGAGGAGUCGCCCAGCAUACAGCGCGCCUAUCUGACAGGCUAUGGCACCGAGCGGAUCAUUCGCAGUGACAUCAAGAUGCCGAAUGCGUUAACCCUGGAUCUCGAGGAGCAAAAGCUGUACUGGGCCGAUGCGCGGCUGGACAAGAUCGAGUGCACCAACUACGAUGGCAGCAAUCGCGUGGUGCUCGCCCACUCCACGCCCAAGCACGCCUUUGCCAUGGCCGUCUACGGGGAUCUGUUGUUCUGGACGGACUGGGUGCUGCAUGCGGUGGUGCGGGCCAACAAGUACACCGGCACCGAUGUCCUCUUCCUGCGCGAACAUGUCACGCGGCCCAUGGGCAUCAUUGCGGUGCAGAACAGCAGCAUCAACUGUGAGGCGAAUCGGUGCAAGAUACUUAACGGACAGUGCGAGGAUGUGUGCAUCCUGAACAAGAGCGGGCUGGCCAGCUGCCACUGCACCCAGGGUGUCCUCGCACCAGACGGACGUCGCUGCAUUGCGCCCGCAAAUACGAACUGCGGCAAGACGCAGUUCACCUGCCGCUCCGGCGAGUGCAUACCCAUGGAGCUGACGUGCGACAAUGUGACCCACUGCCUGGACGGAUCGGAUGAGCUGCGCAGCUACUGCAUCUUCCGGCAGUGCCCGGACACGCACUUCAUGUGCCAGAACCAUCGUUGCAUCUCACACGAGCACACCUGCGACGGCAUACAGCAGUGUGGCGACGGCAGCGACGAGUCUGCCAUGCUCUGCUCCUGCCAGUCGGAUCAGUUCCGCUGCGGCAGCGGCGAGUGCAUCUCGAACAAGUUCCUCUGCGACAACAUGAAGGACUGCCGUGACUUUAGCGACGAGAAAUCCUGCUCCCCGCGCCCCUGCGAGAGCGGUGACGUGGCCUUCGAGCACUGCGAGAACAGCACCAUCUGCAUCAUGCCCAGCUGGCGGUGCGACGGCGAUCCUGACUGUCCCGAUGGCACCGACGAGCUGGACUGCAGCAAUCGCACCAGCUGCGACGAGGAUCAGUUCCAUUGUGCCAGCGGCAAUUGCAUUGCCGGCUCCUGGCGCUGUGAUGGCGAGAAGGACUGUCCCGAUGGCAGCGACGAGCUGGGCUGCCGCCGUGCCUGCGAUGGCAAUCAGUUUGCCUGCGACAAUGGCUGCAUUCCAGCCAGCUGGCAAUGCGAUGGCAAGAGCGACUGUGAGGACAAUGCCGACGAGGGCCCGCAGUGCUCCAGUCGGGCGUGUCGCCCCCAUUUGUUCCAGUGCAAGAGCUCCGGCCGCUGCAUCACCCAAAAGUGGGUGUGCGAUGGCGAGCGCGAUUGUCCCAUUGGCAGCAAUGGCCAGGGGGGCGAGGAUGAGGGCCCCCAAUGUGGCGGAAUUGCCCACAUUCCCGACUGUCCACCGCCAGCGCAUCUCUGCACCAGUGGUCUCUGCAUCGAUUCGCAGUACGUUUGCGAUGGCGACGAGGAUUGUCCUGGGGGCGAUGACGAGUACGAGGGCUGUGAACCGGCCUUCCAGCAGCACUCCUGUCCGGGCGGCACGCUGAUGCAUCAGUGCCAGGACGGGCAUUGCAUACUCAAGAAUCAGACGUGCGACGGCAAGAUGGACUGCAGCGAUGGCUCGGAUGAGCUGGCCAGCCUGUGCGCGCACACUCGCGGCUGCAACGGCACCGACGACUUCCGCUGCAAGAACGGGGCCUGCAUCAGUGCGGAUCUGCUGUGCGACAGGCGCAACGACUGCGCCGACUUCUCGGACGAGGAGCUGUGCAAUGUGAACGAGUGCCUCAUACCGGACAUCUGCGAGCACGAGUGCGUCGACAAGGUGGUGGGCUACGAGUGUCUGUGCCGUCCUGGCUAUAAGCUGCUGCCCAAGAGUCCGCACCUGUGCACGGACAUUGACGAGUGCCACGAGCAGCAGCCCUGCUCCCAGACGUGCAUCAACACGUACGGAUCCUACAAGUGCAUCUGCGCCAAGGGCUAUGCCCUGGUCGAUCAUCACACCUGCAAGGCCACUAGCAAUGUGUCCAUGGAGCUGAUCUUCUCGAACCGCUACUACAUACGGCAGGUGAACAUGGAAGGCAACGGCACCAUCCUGAUCAACGAGCUGUCGAAUGCCGUGGCCUUGGACUUUGACUGGGAGAGUCAGUGCCUGUACUGGUCGGAUGUGACCAGCACUGUGGGCACCAUCAAGCGCUACUGUCCGGCGGAGAACAAGACCCAAACGCUGCAUCAGACAAUGCUCAAGAAUCCCGACGGUCUGGCCGUCGACUGGGUGGCCAAGAAUCUCUACUGGUGUGACAAGGGUCUGGACACCAUCGAGGUGUCGCAGAUGGAUGGAAAGUAUCGCAAGGUGCUGAUCAGCGAGUAUCUGCGGGAGCCGCGAGGCAUCGCCCUGGAUCCAUACCAGCGUCACAUCUUCUGGUCGGACUGGGGCGACAAUCCGCACAUUGGCAAGGCCGGCAUGGAUGGCUCCAAUCCGCGGAUGAUCAUACGCGAGAAUCUCGGCUGGCCCAAUGCCCUGACCAUCAGCUUUGAGACGCAGCAGCUCUUCUGGGGCGAUGCCCGGGAGGAUACCAUUUCGGUGAGCGAUCUGGAUGGCAAUCACACGCGACUGCUGCUGGCAAGGAGCCUCAAUCCCAGCCUCAAUCUGCACCACAUCUUCGCCAUUGCCGUGUGGGAGGGUCGCAUCUACUGGUCCGACUGGGAGACCAAGUCCAUCGAGUACUGUCACAUGUACAGCGGACAGAACUGCUCCACGCUGCUCACCACCAUCCAUCGGCCUAUGGAUCUGCGCGUCUUCCAUCCGUACCGCCAGCAGCAGCCCGUCAGCGGCAAUCCCUGCCUCUCGGCCAACUGCUCCACGCUCUGCGUACUCUCCCCGGAGGCGCCCUACUACAAGUGCAUCUGCCCCACCAAUUUCAUACUGGCCGACGACGGACGGACCUGCCGCGCCAACUGCACGGCCGCCCACUUUGAGUGCGUGAACACGUACAAGUGCAUUCCGUUCUACUGGCGCUGCGACACGCAGGACGAUUGCGGCGAUGGCAGCGACGAGCCGGACACCUGUCCGCCCUUCCACUGCGAACCGGGGCAGUAUCAGUGCGGCAAUAAGAAGUGCAUCCAUCCGUCGCACAUCUGCGACGGCGUCAACCAGUGCGGCGACAGCUCCGAUGAGUUGAACUGCGACAAGUUCACCUGCUUCGACACGCACCUGAAGUGCGGAGCCACCGCCAACUCGAGCGCCUUCUGUGUGGACAAUGUAAAGCGCUGCGAUGGGGUUAAGAAUUGUCCUGGCGGCGAGGAUGAGGCUGGAUGCACGCCGUUGGUCUGCAAGAAGGAUGAGUUCCAGUGCGGCAACAACCGCUGCAUGACCUACGUGUGGGUGUGCGAUGGCGACAUCGAUUGUCCGGACAAGUCCGACGAAGCGAACUGCGACAAUGUCUCCUGUGGACCCAACGAUUUCCAAUGCGAUUCGGGUCGCUGUAUUCCUUUGGCUUGGCGCUGCGACGACGAACACGACUGUCCGAAUGGUGAGGAUGAGCCCGCCAGCUGCUUCACCUCGAAGGUCACCUGCGAUCCCACAUAUUUCAAGUGCAACAACUCCAAGUGCAUACCCGGACGCUGGCGUUGCGACUACGAGAACGAUUGCGGUGACGGCAGCGACGAACUCAACUGCCAGAUGAGGAACUGUUCGGAGAGCGAAUUCCGCUGCGGCACGGGGAAGUGCAUCAAGCACAAUUACCGCUGCGAUGGGGAGAUACAUUGCGAUGACAGCAGCGACGAGAUCAACUGCAACAUCACCUGCAAGGCGAAUCAGUUCAAGUGUGCAGCCUUCAAUACGUGCAUCAACAAGCAAUAUCAAUGCGAUGGAGAUGACGACUGCCCCGAUGGCUCUGACGAGGUGAACUGCACCUGUCCGGCGGAUCACUUUAGCUGCGGCAAUGGCAAGUGCAUCAUGUCGAGGUGGAAAUGCGAUGGCUGGGACGAUUGCCUGGAUGGCAGCGACGAGAGCUAUGCCACCUGUGCCCAUGUGCACUGCCACACGAAUGCCUUCAAGUGCAACAAUCUGAUCUGCAUACGGAACUCGGCGCUCUGUGAUGGCGUCAACGAUUGCGGCACCAAUGAGGACGAGUCGGAUGAGGUGUGUGCCGCGCUGCCCAAGUGCCGACACGAUCAGUUCCAGUGCGAGAACGAUGACUGCAUAUCAAAGAUCUUCCGCUGCGACGGCCAAUACAACUGCAUCGAUGGCUCCGAUGAGAUGAACUGCCAGCCACCGGUCUGUGGCUUUGGCACCUGCUCUCAGAUUUGCAUCGAGAAGAAGGCGGGACACUUCAACUGCAAGUGCGCUGAGGGCUAUCACAAGGGGGCGGAGAAGAAUGCCACCUGCCUGGCCUCUGGGCCGGAUCAGAUUCUGUUGCUGGCCUCCGAGCAGGAGUUCCGCUUCAUAUUGCCCUCCAAGCAGGAGGGCACCACUGUGGUGGGCUUUUUCCAGACAGACAGCCUGAAGAUCGAUGUGUUUGACAUACUCAUCAGGCCCAAGGACACGCUGCUCUUCUGGAUUGACUCCCAUCACGGUAAGGUGCACACCAUGAAGAUUGCCACGCCCCACGUGGAGGGUGCGGGCGUUCGUGUACGUCGUGAUCUCAAAGAGUUGACGGCAUUUAAUAUCCCAGAACUCGAUGAUCCCAAGUCUCUGGCCGUGGACUGGAUUACUCAGCGCGUGUACAUCAUCGAUUCGCGGCACAAUCAAAUCCUAGCCACAGAUAUUGAGGGCAAGAAGUACAUCUCGCUGGUGUCAACCGGCACGAAUCCCACGGACAUUGUCCUGGAGCCAGAAUCGCGUAUUAUGAUCUGGUCCACGCUGGAGAAUGGCAUUCUGGUGGCCUCCCUCGAUGGCAGCAACAAGAAGAGUCUGGUGGAGCGUGACGUGGGCUGGCCCAUCAGCCUCUCGAUGGACUAUCCGACGGGUCGACUGUACUGGGCGGAUUACCGCAAAGGCACAAUCGAGACAUGCCGCCUCAAUGGCAAGGAUCGCAAUGUUGUGCGACGCUUCGGCAAUCGCGAGAAGCCGCAGAAGAUAGAUGUCUUUGAGGACUAUCUGUACAUCAAGCUGUACGAUCAGAGCAUCAUCAAGAUGAACAAAUUCGGCAACGACAACGGCACCUACCUGCUGAAGGGCUAUCGCUCUUCGGACAUUGGCAUAUUACAUCCCAUGAAACAGAAUCGAAACAUAAGCAAUCCCUGCCUGAAGGAUCCCUGCAAGACCUCGAAGGCACUCUGCAUUCUCUCCUCCGAGACGGCCAGCGGCUACAGCUGCAAGUGCGCCGAGGGCUAUGUGAUGACCGAUGAGGGAAUAUGCAAGGCUCACGCCGAUGUGCCCGACUACUGUCCGCUGCAGUGCAACCUGGGCUCCUGCCAGAUCGUGGAUCACGUGCCCAAAUGCAUCUGCCAGCCGCAGUUCGAGGGCGAACUGUGCGAACACUAUCGCUGCUCCGGCCACUGCCUCAACUACGGACUGUGCACGGUGGCGCCACAGCUGCCGGGAUCACUAGAUGCGCCGCCACUCAAGUGCACCUGCACGCCAGGCUGGUCGGGCGCUCGUUGCGAGACCUCGCUGCCGGCCUGCCAGAGCCGUUGCCACAACGGCGGCUCCUGCCUCAUCUCCGAAACGGAGGGCAUGAAGUGCAGCUGCCCGGACAUGUUCAUAGGUGAGCAGUGCGAGCAUUGCCUGAAUCUCACUUGCGAAAACGGAGGCGUGUGUCGCGAGACGCUGACCGGAACGCCGCAAUGCGAGUGUCCCGACGGCUACACGGGCAAGCGGUGUGAGACCAACGAGUGCGCCGACUUCUGCAAGAACGGCGGCUCCUGCGUGAUUGGCUCGAAGGGGCAGCGACAAUGCAAGUGUCCCAAUGGCUUCUACGGCGAGCACUGUGAGUCCACCUCGUGUCGGGACUACUGCCAGAACGGAGGAACGUGCUCGGAGAGUGGCCACUACUUGAACUGCGUCUGUCCCUCUCGCUACUAUGGCAGGCGCUGUGAGAUGGAUCUCUGCUUAACUGCUGAUCCACCGCGUUUCUGCCAGACAUCGACGGUGCCCAUCCGGAAUCCCUGCACGGGCAUCAUUUGCCAAAAUGCCGGCACCUGUCACGUCAUCAAGGGCGUGGCCAUGUGCAACUGCACGGACGACUGGAACGGAGACUUCUGCACCACGCCCGUAGGGUACGACAAUCCCUGCAUACGGUACUGUGCCAACGGGGGCGUCUGCCACCUGGACGAGUACAUCCGUCCACACUGCAGCUGCAUUGGCGAGUGGCAGGGCAAUGCCUGUGAGCUGCCGCCGCAUUGCGUGGGCGGAGAGUGCAACGUGUGCCGUCCAGGCAGCUCCAUCAAUGAGUGCCUCUGCGGGCCCAAGAAGGUGGUGCCAUGUCUGACGGACAGUGCGGAGGGUGCCUUGAAGGGCGAACAGGAACCCACGGAAUCGGGCAGCGUAUUCUCCAUAUUGGCGGUCGUUUUGUCUGUGACGCCGCUGGUCGUUGCCCUGUUCGCUGGUGCCAUAUAUUUCCUCAAGAAACAUCGCAUAGCUCAGCCGUUCUCGCAUGCUCGUCUGACGGACAACGUGGAGAUAAUGCUCACCAAUGCCAUGUAUCGCGGGGAUGCCGAUGAGGCGCCUACAUUCUCCACAGAAGAUGAUAAGGUGCGUACACAAUCCAAGUGCUAUAAGUCUAUACAUUACAUCCUAAUCUUACUAUUGCAGGGGAACUUUGCCAAUCCCGUGUACGAAUCGAUGUAUGCGGACGCCAUUGCGGAGCCUGCGAGCACGGAAAUAGCUCACAGUACGGGACCGGAUGAGCGCAAGGGACUGCUGCAGCACACGCACGACGAGACACACACACCGGACAUACUCUGAUGAUUGACCAGUGAUGAUUCCGACCGAGAGCUGUGCUAGGCGCAGUCAAUUCUAGACACAUCCCAAAACUCCAAAACUCAAUACCGAUUUGAACUCGAACCAUGGACUGAUAGCAUAGCCAUAUUACGAAUUUUGUGUAAACAUUUUUGUGUACAUUUGUUUCCUUUUUACUUUUAACGCUUUACUCUUUUUUAUUUUAUUUGUUUGUUUUGAUUGUAAUUUUUAAUUUGAGUCUUGUGUAUUGUUUAAAUUUGUGGGCUUACCUGUGGGCCCCGCAUCCAAAGAGCUCUUACUCAGGCAGCCUUGCAGCCCCCAGCGAUGUCCUUAUAUACCUUAACCGGGAAUACUUCUUGUCAUUCGUUUACAAGUCUAACAAGCAAUGAACGCCUUUUGAUAAUUGAAUUUUAUAUAUUGUAUUGUGUAUUGUGUAUAUCUGAAACGUUUUGUGGAUCUGUAAAUUUAGUAGUUGGUAGACUUAGUUGAGGCUCCCGUUCUAUCGAGAGCUUUGUACAUAUUUUAUACAUUAAUUGCCCAACAAGCAGCCUAGUUAACAUUUAACAAGACACCAGAAUUAACAAACAA